AUGGCCGUCCUCCGCGGAUACCUCGUCAGGCUGGACCCGACUGGGCCGAACGAGGCGCCGGCGAAACUCCUCCAGCACACGUAUGAGAAUUUCUGGCAAUCGGAUGACGCGAGGGAGUAUUUUGAGCGUUAUAGAUGCUCUUUGGAUACCCUGGCCUCGAUCGAGCGUUGGGCUACUGGAAGUUUGGGUCGAGGCGACAGCUCGACCUCGAUCUGGGAGAUGAACAUGGCUCUCAAUUACGAGCUAUUUAUCGAAUUUUCGUGGUUUUCCCGUUCGAAGCCAAGCACGGCCAGAGCGAAGCGCGCGCUGGACUUGGACCCAUCCAACUGGGACGCGCUCCUGUUCCUCGCCACCGAUCCCGAAUACCACGCGAUCCCUCCUCGGGAGACUUUCGACCUCCUACAGAAAGCAAAGGCUCAGAUGGAUAAUCUUCGGUCCAGCGACUCGUCGUGGCUCAGCGAACCCGGGAAGCGGACAGUGCUCGCUAGUAUCAUGCUAGAAUUUGGAAUGGCCCUCUGGCGACAGACGCUGUUUCGCCGUCGCCCCAAGGGCGAAAAGCCGGCGCAGGACGAGCUUGAAGAGGCGGCCAUCAUACACCGCCAAAGUCUAGAGUUUGGGGAUCCCAAAUUCCACAUCAUGAAAAGGCUUUUUCGAGAGUAUGAACGUGAGGGGUGCCGGGGACUGUGGCUACAAUUCAUCUCUACUCUCACUGACUAUUCCGCGCGGUGGUCGCCGUCAAUCUCGAAUCUCAGCAAAGAGGUACUCGUCUGCCAUUAUCAGCGUCGAGAGUGGCCGGAAGAGAACCGGUUUGCCAAAGCUGCCGACUCAACCAAUCAAUGGGGCACUGUCGACGCUUUCUUCUCUGCCUGCCUCGCAGCGUCUGAGUCGCACGGGGACGCGCGACUGCAGUUUGAGAUCCGUGCCCACUAUGCGUUCACGCUCUUCAUCUCCUCGCAACCCCAGAAGCACUCGAGAGGCCUUGGUAUGCUUCAAGAGUUAUUGGAUCCGGCUAAUGUCAACCAGGUAGAUGACUUGGAUAACCAUCUGAUGCUUGACAUUCAAAUGACCCUUGCCAUCUACUACCUUCGGGAGGCUCUGGCGGAAAAUCAGAAAGAAACCACGCGGUUGGAGCUUGGAGAGAAGCUCGCCUCAUUCGUAUGCAAUGACCGGAUACUCCGCUUCUCGACAGCCGCCCAGUCGCGCGUCCACCACAUCAUGAUGAACGCCUUGGAGCUCCUCUCCGACGAUAUCGAAGAGAACGACCUAUAUGCCUUUAGGCUGCUUCAAGACAUUCUCUCCUCCCUAGGCGACGAAGAAAAUCUUCGAGUGGCCUGGUUUAUGUGGGCGGCUUCAAUAUGGGACUCGAAACGCGAUGAGGAAAGAAAAUUUGUCAACAAUUUGGAAAACAGAAAAGAGGAAACAGUGCCUGGGGAAGGGGAAGGGUCUGGGGAAGAGGAAGGGCCGGAGGAAGAAGCAGGAUCAGAGGAAGAAGAAGGGUCAGAUGAAGAAGUAAGCCUGGAUGCGGAGGAAGGGUUGGAGGGGCUGAAGCUUCACAAGCGGGUACAGAUAAUGGAUCUGUGUCUCGGCCACGUGGAGAGGACACCCAAAGCACUACGGACGACGAUUCUGAUGCUGCUUCCGUGA